UAGGAGGAGCAAUAUCAACAGAGAUUAGAUUUAGAUCUGAUUUUGAUACAGUAGAGUAGAGUGAGAGGAGGGUCUGCUGCUCAUCAUAAUGUCUGAGUCUUAUGAUUAUUUGUUCAAGUUCUUAGUCAUUGGCAAUGCUGGUGUUGGCAAGUCCUGUCUUUUACAUCAGUUCAUUGAACACAAGUUCAAGCAAGAUUCCAAUCACACCAUUGGUGUAGAAUUUGGAUCCAAAGUCGUGUCAUUGGCUAACAAGUCAGUAAAGCUUCAGGUGUGGGAUACAGCUGGCCAGGAGAGAUUUCGUUCAGUAACAAGGAGCUAUUACAGAGGAGCAGCUGGGGCCCUUUUAGUAUACGAUAUAUCAAGUCGUGAGACUUAUAAUGCUCUUACUAACUGGCUGACUGACGCCCGCACUCUUGCGAGUCCAAAUAUUGUGAUAGUUCUAGUUGGGAAUAAGAAAGAUCUGGAAAGUGACAGGGAAGUGACUUUUAUGGAAGCAAGCAGAUUCGCUCAAGAAAACGAACUUGCAUUUCUUGAGACAAGUGCUCUGACAGGUGAGAAUGUGGAGGAGGUCUUUCAGAAGUGCACCAGAUCUAUACUCACAAAGAUUGAUGCAGGUGAGCUUGAUCCUGAUAGAGUUGGCUCAGGUAUACAGUAUGGUAAUGCAACUGUGAGGAGAGUCACUCAACCAGGACAGAAAGAGGGCGGGAAUAAAGAAAAAUGCAGCUGCUAGUGACAAUCAUGCACACUGUUAUUAUUAUUAUUAUUAUUAUUAUUAUUAUUAUUAUUAUUAUUAUUAUUAUUAUGUGCUCUAUCUUUGUCAAUGUUUUAGAUUGUGUAUUGCAUUCUCUUUUAAGUGUUGAUUAAUCCCUCCCUCCCUCUCUCUCUCUCUUUCUGUUUCUCUCUCACACACACAAACACGGCAUGUUUGUAAUAAUAAUUAAUUUAAUUUUGUCAUUUUAUUACUGUUGUUUAUUGAGUGUUUGAAAUAAUAAAUUAAGAGCAAAA